CCUCGGAAACCACUAAGCAACUCAUUCACUCCCUUGUUAUAUCUCGCCUUGACUAUUGUAACUCCCUCCUCAUUGGCCGACCUCAUCGCAGGCUAUCCCCUCUUCAGUCUAUCCGUUCUGUAUCUGCCACCCCUCUCUGCCAAUCCCUCCACUGGAAUCCACUCAGUGUCCUCCACCCCUCUCUGCCAAUCCCUCCACUGGCCUCCACUCAGUGUCCUCCACCCCUCUCUGCCAAUCCCUCCACUGGCCUCCACUCAGUGUCCUCCACCCCUCUCUGCCAAUCCCUCCACUGAUCUCCACUCAGUGUCCUCCACUCCUCUCUGCCAAUCCCUCCACUGGCUUCCA